AUGGCGAACGUCGCAGACACUAAACUCUACGACAUCCUCGGAGUAUCUCCGUCAGCCACCGAGAACGAGCUCAAAAAGGUAGAGACGGUGCUUUCCGCCUCGCGCGUCGUGUUAGUGUCUUUGGAAGAUCUGUACAAUGGAAAAACAACCAAACUACAGCUAAGCAAGAACGUACUCUGCAGUGCCUGCAGUGGUCAAGGGGGUAAAACAGGGGCCGUGCAGAAGUGUGCCACGUGUCGGGGCCGCGGCAUGCGGAUCAUGAUCAGACAGCUGGCUCCUGGCAUGGUACAGCAGAUGCAGUCUGUGUGCACCGACUGCAAUGGAGAGGGGGAAGUGAUCCACGAGAAAGAUCGCUGUAAAGAGUGUGAGGGCCGUAAAGUGUCUAAAGAGGUGAAGGUCUUGGAGGUGCAUGUGGAUAAAGGAAUGAAACACGGACAGAAGAUCACAUUCAGUGGAGAGGCGGACCAGUCACCCAACACAGAGCCUGGAGACAUUAUACUGGUGCUGCAGGAGAAAGAUCAUGAGGAGUUUCGUCGUGAUGGAAACGAUCUGCACAUGUCCCACAGGAUUGGUCUGGUGGAGGCGCUGUGCGGAUUUCAGUUCAUGCUCACGCACCUUGACGGACGACAUCUCGUCAUCAAAUAUCCCCCUGGCAAAGUCAUAGAGCCAGGUUCUAUGAGGGUCAUCCGAGGGGAAGGAAUGCCUCAAUACAGAAACCCCUUUGAGAAAGGAGAUCUGUACAUCAAGUUUGACGUCAAGUUUCCUGAGAAUGGCUGGAUCAGCACAGAGAAACUAACGGAGUUGGAGGAUCUGUUGCCGUCGCGUACAGAGGUUGCUGUCAUCUCAGCUGAUGCGGAGGAAGUUGAUCUGCAGGACUUUGACAUCAGCCAGGGAUCAUCUGGUGGUAACCGCCGUGAAGCAUACAACGACAGCUCCGACGAAGAAGGUGGUCCGCAUGGUCCGGGGGUGCAGUGCGCCCACCAGUAGUCCCAGAAUUCUUUGCAAGUUUUUUGGGGAAGUAUUACAAUUCCCU